UGUUGGUAAUAGUUGACAAAUCAACUGUCUACUACAGGAAGAAACACUUUUUAAAAUAUCUGCUGCUUCCACAGCCUUUGAAUCUUUGUUUUUCUGACUCUAACGACCACAGGAAAAAUGAGCCGGAAUAUUCAAAUCUACUUUUACCUAUUUUCUGUAUUUCAGUCAGUUGAAGCUUUCAACAUUGAACCAAAUGCUUGGAAGGAAUUUACCUCAAAUCAAGGCACCUUUUUUGGAUACAAAGUGGUACAGAAAAAUCAAUCAAGUGUAAUUGUGAGUGAUCCUGCCUUUCAACAAAGUCAAAAUAAAAGAGGACAAGUUUACAGCUGUGCGGUAAACACAGGAAACUGUUCUCCUUUACAAAUAAAUGUACCUCCCGAGGCUGUUAAUAUGUCACUUGGACUUUCAGUGAUUAAAGCUGCACAGUCUUCAAAGUUAUUGGUUUGUGGCCCCACCAUUCCCAAGUCAUGUAAAGUAACUACUACCUUAAACGGCAUGUGUUUUAUUCAUGACAGCAAUGUUCCAGCAAGUCCUGUACCAAAGGUUUUAAGAGAGUGCCCACCUUCUGCACAAACAGAUCUUGCAUUCUUGUUGGAUGGCUCUGGAAGUGUAGAUUAUGGAGAUUUUAAUAAAAUGAAGACUUUUGUUAAAACACUAAUCCAAGGUCUUAUGAAACGAGAUGUUCAGUUUGCUGUUGCACAGUUCUCAAGGCAAUGUGUUAUACACAUAAUGUUCAAUAACUUUAGAGACACCAGUCAAGUAAUGAGAAUUCAACAACUACAAGGAGGUACCUACACUGCAAAGGCUAUCAACAUAGUUGUGAAUAAACUAUUUACCAGCAGUGCAGGAGCCAGGCCAAAUGCUAACAGAGUCUUACUUGUUAUUACUGAUGGUGAAUCAAGUGCAGGUGAUGACAAUCUGGAAAAUGCUAUUGAAAAUGCAAAACAGAACAAUAUUAUUCGAUAUGCUAUAGGGGUUGGUGACGCUUUUGAGAAAGCAUCUGCACGGCAGGAGUUGAGAACCAUUGCAUCUGAGCCCGAUGAUGAGUACACUUUUAAGGUGGAUAACUUUGACUUGCUGGACAAAAUCCGUGGUACUUUGGAGGACAAUAUUAUUGCUAUUGAGGGAACCCAGACCUCAGGAGAUUCCAGUAAAAUGGAGUUUGCACAGGAUGGAUUUAAUGCAGCAUUUAGUCCAAAUGGAAACACAAUACUGAGUGCAGUUGGAGCGUUCCAAUGGAAAGGAGGAUACCAGGAAUAUAGUUCACUUGGACAACCCUACCCCUUUCAGAGGGGUACUGAGCAUGACAGUUAUUUAGGUUACUCUAUGACAGUAGGAGAAAUGAAGAAUGAUUCAUACGUUAUUAUUGGAGCUCCAAGACAUGCACACAAGGGAAGAGUGACCAUGUCAUCACUGGAGACAACAAAGCAGCUGCAUUUGGAUCCUCCAGAGGUGUCUCAAAUAGGUGCCUAUUAUGGAGCUGAAGUGUGUGUGGUAGACUUGAAUACUGAUUCCUACAUGGACCUUCUACUAGUUUCUGCUCCAAUGUAUAUAGAUGAUCAUAAUGAAGGAAAAAUCUUUGUCUACUCCAUUCCAUACUUGUCACAGGUACUACUUGUACAGACACUGAAAGGAAUGAUGGGACAAAAAGGUAGGUUUGGUUCUGCAAUGACCAGCCCAGGCGAUCUAAACAGGGAUAAUUUUGCAGAUGUAGUGGUAGGAGCUCCUCUGGAGGAUGAUGGACAGGGCAGCAUCUACAUCUUUAAUGGAAGAGCAGCAGACAUCAACCCCACCUACUCACAGAGAAUCAGUGGUUCAUCUGUGCGCGCAGGUCUAUCAUUCUUUGGUUUGUCUUUGAGUGAGUUUGCUCUGGACCACAGUGGAGAUGGUCUGCCAGAUAUUGCUGUUGGAACCAAAGGAGCAGUUGCACUGCUCAGGUCCAGACCCAUUGUGACUUUGGUGACCAAAGUGACCUUUAACCCAUCCAAAAUCCCUACCAAAGACAUCAACUGUGAAAGGCCUUUAGAAUACAUCUUGCAAUUGUGCUUCACUAUGAGCAUGUUACAUAAUCAUUACACUCACAAAAAAGAUGUGUCUGCAAAAAUUGAAUAUACCUUAAAGCUUGAUGCAAAACGACAGAGUUCUCGGGCAUUCUUUUUAGCUAAAAAACGCACUCUGUCUGACAACAUUAUUGUUAUGUCGGAUGAGGUAUGCAAAGAUCUUUACUUCUGGAUAGAGGCCUGCACUGAGGAUGUGGUAAACCCACUGUUCAAUGAGUUAACGUUUACAUUUGAGGGCCUCCCUACUAGAACACAGGAAAACUUAAGCCCCACCCUACUUCCAAGCAUAAAAAACACUUCAGUUCAUAAUCUGGAUUUUGAAAUAAACUGUGGAUAUGAUAAUAUCUGCACUGACAAUCUCAAACUGGAUUUCAACUUCUCUGGAUCCUCAGAUAUAAAAGUUGGAAUCAUGCAAGAUUUGAUUGUGACAAUGUUUGUGCAGAACAGAGGAGAAAACUCCUACAACAGUCUCAUAACUCUCAGUUAUCCCUUUGGACUGUCCUUCAGGAGAUCCACCACUAAACAGGGCAGAGUGGAAUGCAUAUCUUUGGACAGUGAUCGAAAAAUUUCUCUGGGGACCACUACCUGUCACAUCAGUAAACCCAUCUUCAAGGAGAAUGAUGUGGUCAUGUUUGACAUCACAUAUAGCAUAAACAAAAACAGUAAUUUUGACAGGAUGGUGACAUUUACUGCAACAGCUGACAGUGCCAAUGAAAAGCACUCAGAUAACAGCCAACUCUCCAAAAACAGAACCAUUAGUGUCAAAUAUGCCAUCUAUGUUGCAUUGAUAAGGCAUGAAAAUUCCACCAUACAUAUUAACAUCGAUACCAGAAAUAACUUCGUUUAUGAACCAGUCGAACAAAUAUUCAAGAUGGAGAAUGACCUAAGAGACUUGAACCUCACUUUUUUAAUCAGAGUGCCCAUAAAACUAGGAGAUAAAUACAUCUGGAGCAAUAAGAACUUGCAGAUUGAAGGUUGUAGUAUUGACAGAGAUGAGCAACCAACGAUCCUGGAUUUUCUGGCAGUACUACGAAAGCAGCACAAGUUGAACUGUUCUGUGGCUGUGUGCCGACUGUUUAGAUGUAAUGCAAAUCUCAUGGCAAGAGCAUCAAAAUUCUACAGUAUCUCUGGUAACGUGAGCUCUGAGUGGAUCAAACAGACUAGACUUCAAGCAGCCAUUUUUGAGCUGGUUAGUACAGCAACUCUGGAAUAUGACAAAAAUAAAUAUGUCUUCUUUUCUUCUGAUUCUGCACAUACUGCACCCACUGGCAAGAUUAUAACCCUGGUGGAGGUAUAUGGAGGGAAAGACAUCCUUAAAGAGAUCAUUGGAGGAGCAGUAGGAGGGCUGCUGCUUUUGGCGCUCAUCACUGCCGGCCUCUACAAGGCUGGGUUCUUCAAAAGCCAUUAUAAGCAAAUGUUGGAUGAUGCAGACCGAGGGGCCGAGGGGACCGGAGAAGAGGUUUGGAGUUUGGAGUAAUUGGAUGGCAAAGUCCUGUAAAAUGUGUAUACGGCUCUAUACGGCCCGAAUGCCGCAGGGCAAGGCAAGGCGCAGGAUGUGCAGAAUCACUCGAUGGAGACAGACGUCUAUUGACAUAUGGAAAAGACAACGGCACUCACAAAUAACGUAAACGGUGAACAUCAAUACAAGCAUGACCAGCAUGAACAAAGGCAACACGAACAUGAUCGUUGACUGACAAUAAUGCACACACUAACAAGGGUUUAAAUACAUACAAACAUGACAAGACUAAACCGAUGCAGGUGUGUGCUUAACAUGGGCGUGGUUAUAAAUGAGACACAGUUGAUGAAGAACGCGCACUGCAUGCAGUGGGCCAUACCACAUGACCAGUGGAAGGGGAGCGUUCUGAUAUUGUGAAGCUCUAUAAAAUAUACAAACCAAAUUGUUAUCAAAUCACUCCACUAUAUUCUUAAAGCACAUGUUCUCAUGUACCCAUGAAAUGACUUUCAAGUGUUGUUUGAUUUUUGAGUAAUGGGAAGGCCAAAUCCUUUUAAAUGUCUGUUUGCUUCCAU